ACUAGAGAUGAGCAAUCUCUCCUGACACUUUUUUUCCCCUGCUGGAUUUUGGGCUCUGAUUUCUGAUGACAUAGUCUGGGCACUGGCAGCUGCUAGCUUCACAAGGAGAACUACAGAGGGAAUGCCCACGUAAAUUAUGUAUUGCCUUUCACAUCAGUAUCCUGCCUGGAAACGUUCAGAUUGUCAGCCAGUGAGACUCUGGUGCCGUGGACAUGGGUUUGAAUGAGUUGAUCACCUCGGGGCUGUUCAGAAAGCCUUGCUCUGGUUGCCAUGGAGCCCUUCUGUCCAUUCCUGCUGGCCGGUGUUAGCCUGCCCCUUGCCAAGGCUCUCAAGGGCAACGAGACCACCACCACCGCCGCCGCGCAGAGCAACUGGACCUCCACGACCGCAGGCCCUCCAGCCCCCGGCGCGCCGCAGCCCCUGCUGGCCUGGCUGCUGCUGCCCCUGCUAGUCUUCCUGCUGUUUCUGCUGCUCGCCGCCUACUUCUUCAGGUUCCGGAAGCAGAGGAAGGCGGUGGUCAGCGCCAACGACAAGAAGAUGCCCAACGGGAUCCUCGAGGAGCAAGAGCAGCAGAGGGUGAUGCUUCUCAGCAGGUCCCCGUCGGGGCCGAAGAAGUUCUUCCCCAUCCCCGUGGCGCACCUGGAGGACGAGAUCCGCGCCCGCUCAGCAGACGACUGCAAGCGGUUUCGGGAGGAGUUCAACUCUCUGCCGUCUGGACACGUGCAAGGAACUUUUGAACUGGCCAAUAAAGAAGAAAACAGAGAGAAAAACCGAUACCCCAACAUCCUUCCCAAUGACCAUUCCAGGGUGAUUUUAAGCCAAGUGGAUGGAACCCCAUGUUCAGACUACAUCAAUGCUUCCUACAUAGAUGGUUAUAAAGAGAAGAAUAAAUUCAUAGCAGCUCAAGGCCCCAAACAGGAGACAGUGAAUGACUUCUGGAGAAUGAUCUGGGAGCAGAAAUGUGCAACCAUCGUCAUGCUGACGAAUCUGAAAGAAAGAAAAGAGGAGAAGUGCUAUCAGUACUGGCCGGACCAGGGCUGCUGGACGUACGGGAACGUCCGGGUGUGUGUGGAGGACUGCGUGGUGCUGGUGGACUACACCAUCCGGAAGUUCUGCAUUCAGUCCGUAAGCACGCGGCUUCCCGCAGAGGCAGGCUUGCGAGGAGACACACACCAGCUCCCCGAUGGCUGCAAAGCACCUCGGCUGGUCUGCCAGCUGCACUUCACCAGCUGGCCCGACUUCGGGGUGCCUUUCACCCCCAUCGGCAUGCUCAAGUUCCUGAAGAAAGUGAGGACGCUCAACCCCGCGCACGCCGGGCCCAUCGUGGUCCACUGCAGUGCGGGCGUGGGCCGGACGGGCACCUUCAUAGUGAUCGACGCCAUGAUGGACAUGAUGCACGCAGAGCAGAAAGUGGACGUCUUUGACUUCGUGUCCAGAAUCCGCAAUCAGCGGCCUCAGAUGGUUCAGACGGACAUGCAGUACACGUUCAUCUACCAAGCCUUACUAGAGUACUACCUCUAUGGGGACACCGAGCUGGACGUGUCCUCUCUGGAGAAGCACCUGCAGGCACUGCAUGGCCCCACCGCCCACUUCGACAAGAUCGGGCUGGAGGAGGAGUUCAGGAAACUGACAAAUGUCCGCAUCAUGAAGGAGAACAUGAGGACAGGCAACCUGCCCGCGAACAUGAAGAAGGCCAGGGUCAUCCAGAUCAUUCCAUACGACUUCAACCGCGUGAUUCUGUCCAUGAAGAGGGGCCAGGAGUACACGGACUACAUCAACGCGUCCUUUAUAGACGGCUACCGGCAGAAGGACUACUUCAUCGCCACCCAGGGGCCCCUGGCGCACACGGUGGAGGACUUCUGGAGGAUGGUCUGGGAGUGGAAGUGCCACACGAUCGUGAUGCUGACCGAAGUCCAGGAGAGAGAGCAGGAUAAAUGCUACCAGUACUGGCCAACAGAGGGCUCAGUGACUCACGGAGAAAUAACGAUCGAAAUAAAGAGCGAUGCCCUUUCCGAAGCCAUCAGCGUACGAGACUUCCUGGUCACCUUCAAUCAGCAGCCCCUGGCCCGGCCGGAGGAACAGACGCGGAUGGUGCGACAGUUCCACUUCCACGGCUGGCCCGAGAUCGGGAUCCCGGCCGAGGGCAAAGGCAUGAUUGACCUCAUCGCGGCCGUGCAGAAGCAGCAGCAGCAGACCGGCAACCACCCCAUCACCGUGCACUGCAGUGCUGGAGCGGGGCGGACGGGGACUUUCAUAGCACUCAGCAACAUUCUGGAACGGGUCAAGGCUGAGGGGCUUUUAGACGUAUUCCAAGCUGUGAAGAGUUUACGACUUCAGAGGCCACACAUGGUGCAAACCCUGGAACAGUAUGAAUUCUGCUACAAAGUGGUACAAGAUUUUAUUGAUAUAUUUUCUGAUUAUGCUAAUUUCAAAUGAAAAUUCCUGCCUUAAAAUAUUUUUUAAUUUAAUGGUCAGUAUAUUUUGUAAAAAUCAUGUUAAUUUAUUUCAUAGUUGACAUUAAUAUCCUUCCUAAUUUCUUUGUAUAUAUUUUGUUAUGCUUUAAAGGCCACCUGCUGUAAAGUUAUUGAAUCUUAAAUAUGCCCUUUAAAAACUGGAAUAAUGUAUUAAGGUCAAAUAAUAUCCCACAAAAUAUAUAUUUCUGCUAAUAUCAGUAAAAAAUAUUUUAAUUUUUCAUUAGAUUCAUAUCUUGUAACUUCACGCAGUCAACACCUCUAAAUGCUAAAAAUCUUAAUAUGCCGAGUGUGUUUAUUUAUGCAAGGUACUAACCACGACUUCAUUAGGAAACAGUCGAGGACUCAGAAAUCAGUGGAAAAUUUCCUGAUGUUGAUUUCACAGUCCUGAGCAGUGGCAGUUUUUUGAAGGCAAACUGUUCAUGAAGACACGGUGUAAACAAGGAGUCUUGCAGUCCUCAGUCUCGGCCCCUGUGGUUUUACCUUUACCUUUUAAAGCUCAAAGAUGACUUUACAACCUGAGUCCAGGUCUAAAACACACUGGGGUAAUUGGUGGCUAUGGGUGAUACUUAGAAAUGCAUUUAUUCAACUGCGUUGUGCCAUCUUGUCGAGACAAAAAGAGAUGUGAAGGCCAGUGGUCCAGUGGCCGUGUGGCCUCAGGUCCAGCAAACCAGUUCUCAGAGCUUCACUUCUCUGGCACUGCUUGCUGUCCAUCUGUCUGGGUGGUGGACUCAGAUGGCCCCCUGAGAAUCACACCCACUGCCCUUCUCACUCCUCUGCCCCCAACCCGCACCCCACCAUUCUGCCCUGCUAGUCAUGAGCUAUACCUCGAGGCACAAUAAAGAAAUCACUUCCCAUUCCAAAAGGUCAGAUAGCGCAUCUGACAUGCACAGAUAGGGCAUCUGACAUGCCCGACUGCCUGGGAGAAACAGUCGGGCAACCACAAGCAAUUAUGCUUUAAACUUUCUGAGAAGUGUUUUGGUAUUUUAAAAAAAUCUCUUGUAAAAGUUAAGACUGUUUGUAAGAAAAAAAAUCUUAAAAUCUAGAUUUAUACAGCUUUUUUUUAAGUCCCACUUCUUAAUAUUUAAUAAAAGGAAAGAAAGAGAAAUCCUUACUCUAAAGACUAACUUAUUUUUUUAAUGGUUCCUAUUGAGACUUCUGACACUGGAUAAUAGUGAUCUCAUUGCCAGACAGGAUUGGCUUGUGGGGCCAGAAAAAAGAGGAUGAACAUGAAAAUGUUUAAUGGCAGUGACCUGUCUAUGACCAUCAGAUGCCUAAAUAGAUGAGCACAAUGUAAAAAAAGACAUCUGGUCUACCUUUCUGAACUCAUUUAACAUGUGCAUUUUGGGGUACAUUUGUUUUUUUCUUUCUAAAAGAGAUAUGAAUCUAAAGACCUAAUUUGAUAUUUCCACUGGUAACUGAUUGCACAAUUACAACCCAGGGUAGACGAUGUCCUAACAACAGGCCCACAGGUAAUUAAGAUUCUUCCACUCCUCCACGCCCCACCCGAGGGUCAGAGGAGGCGCCCAGCUGGACGGACAAAAGCACAACUUUGUGAGCGCUGCCACGCCACCAGCAGCAGCCCUGUGCUCCUCACACAGCCAACCGCCUCCCUUUCCCUUCUGGGCACACUGAUGCUGCUUUUGGGUCAAAGAGCAGCACGGAGGGAGCUUUGCGAGAUGCACCAGGUGGCCCCAUUUGUUUUCAUUGUUAGAGUCCCGAGCCCGAAGUCCUUCUUUGACUAAAGGGGAAGAGAGAAAACUGAGCACCGAAGCCUAAAAGCAGAGCUGCUGCUUGCAGUGAUGGCGACACAGGGAUCAUAGCAUCCAAGGGCCCGGAUGGGGGUCCAGCUUCAGGAGCCUUUACUGAGCAUCCUGCAGGCCCUGUCGUGGUCUGGCUGACAUCUCGUGUCUUGGAUUAAGGGAGACCAUUUCAGGGGUGCCCUCGGGGAGGCACCCCGUUUGUGUGUAUGUCCUGCCCCUUGGGCCAUCGUCCGCAUCUGCUGAGGCUCCCCGCUGUGGUUCUGAGAACACAGCAAAGGCCACUGGCCUUUGGGUGCAGCACCCUGCUCCCUCCACAAUCACGGCAGCACUUGUCUCCCCAGAGGCCUCGGUCACCAGCCUCCAGGCCCCCGCCACCACCCUGCAGCUCUGAUUCCAGCCUCUGGGGGCGCCCCAGGACUCUGCAUCCUGUCUGUCUUGCCCUGAAAGUUGGCACCUCCUCCCCUUGGGUCAAAGAAAGUCCGUUGUACAUAACUGAACAGCGCCACGCCGGUAAAAUCAUUUUUCCUUUGACGUUUUUCUCUGUUGCAUGCGGUUGCAUUCAAAUGCCAAAUAGUGAUUAGAAGACGACCGUUCUGAUCUCCUUGUUCUAUUGGUCACUGUGUGACUCUUACUGUUUCUCUCCAUGUGCUCUACGAAUGAAGAAUGCAUACCAGUGUUUUAAAAGGUAUUUUUAUGUGUUUUUUAAAACUUUUUAAAAUGAGCCUGAUGCCUCUGUUUCAGCGUUUGGAGACAUGCCUUUUUUUUUUUUUUUUUUUUUUUAAUGUAUGAUUACUGAUAUUUCUGUUGUGUUUAACUAAGUUGUGUUUAAUUUAUGUGCAAUCUUUAUAUGUAUGUAUUCUGGUUUCAACUAUCAUUUUUUGUUGUUUUAUUCCAUUUAUCAUUUGAUCUUGCUCUGAUUCCAAUGCCAGUGAAUGUUGCUGAAUUUGUAUAUGCAAACUGCAAGAUCCAAAACAUUCUGUUGCAAGGAUAAAUCUUUACUUUGACUUCCA